AUAAAACGUUAAUUUUAAAGGUUAACAAGUUCACGGAAACGAUUUAAAAUAACCUUGAUAUCCUUGCUAAAAACAACUUAUUGUUAAAUCAACAUGUUACGGAACGUUAUUUACUUUUUAAUUUUAAUUGUGUCGACUAAAUCAACAGAAAAAGAUGUUUAUUGGAGAGAUUUUAAAGGAAACUUACCCAAAGAUGCCAUAAAAGCCGGAAUUUCUGGAUCUUCCCCUGAAACAUACAUCGGGCAAGCCAUUUAUCAAGGUUUUUUAACCCCCGGAACAAUUUAUCCCAAAAAAAAGAUUUUUAUUUCCGAGUAUUUUGGAAAAUUUGAAUUAAAAGAACAUAUUAGGAUUUUAUGUUCAAAAAAUGAAUCAAAAUUAUCUUGGGAACGAAUCCACGUGGAUGCUUUACCUUUACGACUAGAAGAUCGCCUCAUUGAAGGUGGAUAUCAAGGUGGAAUCCGUUGGUACAUUGGAAGGGUGUUUCAUCAAAACGAAUUUCGCGCUGGAAAAGUCGAACUUUACGCCCACGAUUACAAAGGAUUAUUCAUUUGGAACGAUGAUGGGUCUUCAGCUAGAUUUUUAGAAUUCGAAGUUUUAUCUUACAAUAAUUAAACAGGAAUUAAAUUUUUUUUUGAUUUA